UUCAUGCCGUCAGGCGGUCAAAAGCGUUCUAACACUCGAAUCGAGCGGUCGCGUUUCAGUUUAUAGUUACAUAUACAUACCACGAUCUGGCUUAUCGGUUCGACGUGCGCAUCUCACGUAGCAGAUAAGGGAUUUUUCCACAACAUAAUGGCGAGUGCCGAAUUACAGAGCACCUAUGGAGGGUUCUACUUUGGUUUCUGCAACCUGAUCUCCCAUGUCCUUCUGGCGGGGAUUACGGUAGCCAUUGUUUAUAAGUGUCUGGUGCUCAAGUUGGUUCACACCGCCGGACAUGCCUUCUACUGCACAAUCGCCUUUGUUUUCUUCAUGGGAGAGGCGUUGCUGGUGCGGAAUAGCACAUACUUGGAGUCCUGGCUGGGUUCUCUGAACCUAAACAGAUUACAUGCCGCCCUGGGUCUACUAGCUUUCGUGGUCGGAGUCGGUGGCAUCGGCAUCAAGACGUGGCAAAAGCUUGAGCGCAAACGCGAAGAUCCCAAUGCCACAGUUCGUCACUUUAAGAGCAAUCACGCGUUUUACGGUAUUGUCGGCUGUGCUCUUCUGCUGGGCAGCGUUCUCAGCGGUCUUCCGCUGUAUUUCAUCAGCGGUGGCUUCACCUUGAAACUGCUCCAUCGAUUCUUUGGCUUGUCCGGAUUCCUAGCUCUAAUGGUCUCGCAAAUGUUCGGUUACAACACAGGAUUCGGUCGCCGACAAUGGAAGCCGCACCACCAGAAGCUGUUCAAGUUUUUCACAUUCAUCGCCACCAUAACGACAGCAAACUACGAAUUCCGUAGAUUUUUGCGAGAUAUUGCUGCUUUGGCGACUAAUUAUUUUAUUGGAUCCGAAGCAACAGAGCCGAGAGAAGAUCUUUAAAAACUCUUUUAAUGAAUGAGAGCUAGCUAAUACUCUGGAACUUCAAUACUUCAGGGCAGUUUUUGGAAGGUAUCGAAUACCACAAAAAGUAUUGUAGAUUUAUCAAUCACUAUAAAUAGAAAGCACGCUGCGCGGAACUGAUAAAUACCCCAAACGAAUUUUCCAUUUUCAUCGUGAAAUUGUGUAUGCGGUUUAAAAGGAUUGCAAGUGAACAUUUUGUUAUCUUGUUAGUGGAAGCUUAUGUUGUCUAAUUGUCUAUCACACUCUACUUAAUAAAAACACCCACACGUUAAUAAAGAACUAAAGACAUUUUGA